ACGAGAGGAGAGAAAGAGCGUCCCCGGAAACCACCGACACUGUCGGCUAGAGCGGCCCGUGCUCUGACCCUUCCGCGUCCGCCUGGAUGGUGCUCUACUUCUAAGAAGGGGCGAUGGGAAGCUCCUGAGCUGAGGCUGCUGGCCUCGGGAAGGCAACAUUUGGAGCUUCUAAAUUAGCCCUGAUCCUGAGUUCUGAGGCUCUAAGAACAAUGACUCAAGCAGAGAUUAAACUGUGCUCUUUGUUGCUGCAAGAGCAUUUUGGUGAGAUUGUAGAAAAAAUUGGAGUCCACCUAGUCAGAACUGGAAGCCAGCCACUUAGAGUAAUUGCCCACGACACAAAAGCAUCCCUGGACCAGGUGAAAAAAGCCCUUUGUGUCCUCAUUCACCAUAACCUGGUCAUCUAUCAUGUGCACAAGCGCGGUGUGGUGGAGUAUGAAGCCCAGUGCAGCCGGGUACUGAGGAUGCUUAGGUAUCCCCGGUACAUCUACACCACCAAAACACUGUACGGUGACACCGGAGAGCUGAUUGUCGAGGAGCUCCUGCUGAAUGGCAAGAUGACGAUGUCAGCUGUGGUGAAGAAAGUAGCCGACCGGCUCACAGAGACCAUGGAGGAUGGCAAGACCAUGGACUACGCUGAGGUAUCAAAUGCAUUUGUGCGACUGGCAGAUACUCACUUUGUACAGCGCUGUCCCCUGGUUCCUGACGCUGACAGUUCUGACCCCGGGCCACCGCCACCUGCCCCAACCCUUGUCAUUAAUGAAAAGGACAUGUACCUAGUUCCCAAACUGAGCUUGAUAGGAAAAGGUAAGAGGAGGAGAUCAUCUGACGAAGAUGCUACUGGAGAGCCCAAGGCCAAGAAACCAAGAUACACAGAUAACAAGGAGCCUCCACCAGACGAUGGGAUUUAUUGGCAGGUCAACCUCGACAGGUUCCACCAGCACUUCCGUGACCAAGCAAUUGUGAGCGCAGUGGCAAACCGAAUGGACCAGACAAGCAGCGAGAUCGUGCGGACAAUGCUCCGGAUGAGUGAGGUCACCACUCCCUCUAGUGCCCCUUACACUCAGCCACUGUCCUCCAAUGAGAUCUUCAGGUCCCUGCCAGUCGGAUAUAACAUCUCUAAGCAGGUUCUCGAUCAGUACCUCACGCUGCUGGCAGAUGACCCACUAGAGUUUAUUGGAAAGUCUGGCGACAGUGGCGGAGGAAUGUUUGUCAUCAACCUCCAUAAGGCAUUAGCGUCCCUAGCCACUGCAACUCUGGAGUCUGUCAUCCAGGAGAGAUUCGGGUCUCGCUGUGCCAGGAUAUUCCGUCUGGUAUUGCAGAAGAAACACCUAGAGCAGAAGCAGGUGGAGGACUUUGCAAUGAUCCCUGCAAAGGAGGCAAAGGACAUGCUGUAUAAGAUGCUCUCAGAAAACUUCAUCCUACUGCAGGAAAUUCCUAAGACGCCAGACCACGCCCCGUCCAGGACCUUCUAUCUGUACACUGUGAAUGUGCUCUCAGCUGCCAGGAUGCUGCUGCACAGGUGCUAUAAGAGCAUAGCCAACUUGAUAGAAAGGCGACAAUUUGAAACAAAGGAGAACAAGCGGCUACUAGAAAAGUCUCAGCGGGUGGAAGCCAUCAUGGCGUCCAUGCAGGCCACGGGUGCAGAGGAGGUGCAGCUGCAGGAGAUAGAGGAGAUGAUCACAGCCCCCGAGCGGCAGCAGCUGGAGACACUGAAACGCAACGUUAACAAGUUGGACGCCAGUGAGAUCCAGGUGGAUGAAACCAUCUUCUUACUGGAAUCAUACAUCGAGAGCACCAUGAAGAGGCAGUGACCCAGAAGAAGCAAUGCUGGGAUCAAACUCAGGGCCUUUCACAUGCUGGGCAACUGAUGUUCCACUGAGCACAUCCCCAGCCAGAAACCAGCAUCCUUCUCAGAAGUUCUAGGAGAUCGAGGAGGACGAGGACAAGAAGGAGGAGGAGGUGGUGGUGACUAAAUGCAUUCUUUGCAGUGAAUUUUUGUUUGUUUCUUUUUCGAGACAGGGUUUCUCUGUGUAGCCCUGUCUGUCCUGGAACUCACUCUGUAGACCAGACUGGCCUCGAACUCAGGAUCCUCCUUAGUGCUGGGAUUAAAGGCGUGCACCACCAUGCCCAGCUCGGCUGCAGAUUCUUGUAGUGACGCCCUGUUCCUGUCUUUCCCAGCGGCUCAUGAUACACCUGAAAGAGUGCAUUCUCCCCUCAUCAAGUCCUCACAGUACGAGGAACCCUAAAUAAAUGAGAACAAUCAUAAA